AUGAGCCAUUUAAGGGGAACGCGCCCAUUCCUGCGCUGACAGGCGGGGUGGUGUUUAUAAGGAAAAAAGCAAAAGCCAAUCAUGAACCUGAGUGCGAGAUAGUCAAACACAGGCUUUUUCUGUCGAAGACACAGUCAGAGGGGGGCGCGGGAGGAGAGUGUAUGUUAAGUGACUUCAUUUGUAGUCUAUUUAAGGUAUGUUUUACUUGUCCUUGUGCUGCUCCCCCAUCACCUAAUACAGCCUCUGUGUUCCACUUCCAGCAAGGCAGACAAGACGACGCAUUAUUUCCUCUAAAUACUAAGAAUUUCUUUGGCGCGGCUAAAUAGGUGUUUGACUUCCCUCUGCCAAAGAGAGAUUUGUAGACGGCAACAAGAGCUUUCAUAUUGUGGCCGCAAGUAUGCACACGUUAUUCAAGAUCCGUGUCCUGCUCUUUUAACAUCCUUUUCUGCUUUAUUACACUUUGUCACUGUUUUGAAAGUUGCCUGACAGGGUGUUGAACCUCAUCUGUCAACUCACGCCGCAAUUUUUGUGUCAUUAGAGGGCUUUGUUUGAUUGGAGUCAAGGUGAUCCACCCUCUGUUCAAAUGAUAGCAAAUCCAGGAUAUCGCGUCUUGGCUGCAGAUACCCUUAUCCUGUUCCAGGCAGCAAUAAAUAGAAGAGCAAGUCCUCACCCAAACUUUGACCUGAUAAUUACAGUUGUGAUGUUUUAAUGACACGGUAACAUGAUGCCAUCAGCUCUUUUCCAAAUUAUAAACCACCUUAAAAGUUGAGCAAUAUUUCAGACGCUAACCUCAGUCCUUUCUUAUCUCCAAACCGGAAUCUGACAAAUGCCUUGUGCCGUUCUGCUGCUAAUGAGACAUCACACUCAUUUGCCAAAUCUUAAACAAUCAUUUUGUUCCUUCCCCUGCGUGAUGUUUUUAAAGCAAACACGUUAAAUUUGGCGUUAGCAAGAAACAGCAAAGAAAGACAAACACAGGCCUGUUUAGACUUUUGACAGUCACAUUCUAACUUAUUAUCCCUGGGGGAUUGUGCCCUUAUUCAAAGGCAAACACAGGAGAUGACACUCCUUAGCGGGCCAGCUCAUAUGCUUCAGUAUUGAUAUUGCAAUGUGAAAAGUGACCCUCAAGUAGGAGAGAAACUAGAAAUUCCCCACCGCAGACUAGCUGAGAGUCUUCAAAUCUAGCAUGCAAGUGUCAAUGAGCUCGGCCUUUUUUGAAAGAAAAACAAACCUCAAACUGAUAGAGCAAGGAAGCUGAAAUACGAGAGCCAGCAGACACUGGCUGUGUGUUUGUGUGCUUAUGCACCCCCCCACACACACGCGGCACAAAGCAUGUGUUAUCACUGUUAACAGCAGCACACAACAGUUGAUAGCCUGUGUUGUGUACCAGUUGAAAUGUGUGUGUGUCCUGAAAGCAGCUGUUGUUGCACCGUGACACAGUCUUAGUACGUGUGUGUGUGUGUGUGUGUGUGGUGGCUUGUUGCUUGUCUUUCUAUCUCAGCGUGGCACUAAACCUGACAUGGCACAUUUAUGGUGUUAAUUUUUUUUUCUUUGACUUAUUCACAGGAAAAAAAUUCUAGGAUGAACCUAUUUCACCCCAUUAUACCGUAUGUGUGUGUGUGUGUGUUUGAGAGAGUAAAGUACCACACAUUUCAGGGACCAGGGGCCAGGACAAAGCCUGGUCCAACAGGACUGGAAAGGGCCGGGGGCCAUCUCCCUGUGCACACCACCCUCUUUACACCUGUCACACACAUACACACACACACACACACUCUCACACACACACACACACACACACACAGCCAUGCUGCUCAGCACAGGGUUUUCAUUGUAGCAAUGACAGGAGGGCGCCAGUUAAGUGGCUCUCUUCCUGUAUGUGUGUGUGUGUGUGUUUCAUGUUUUGAGUGUGUGUUGCUCCUCGUGUGACUGUGGGGUGGAGAAGGGCAAUGAAGGACCCCUACCGGUAAAGUGGGUAAACUUGCACAGCCUCCACAUCUGUGCUCAUAGGAGGAGGAAGAGGCAGUGAAGAUAGACAGGGAGAGAGGAGGAGGAGGAUGAAGAGAGGGAAAAGGAGAAGUGUGUGAAGGAGAGAGGGAGGGAGGGCAGGAGAGAGAGAGCAGAGCCCCGGCUUUGAGCAGUUGGGGAGAAAAUGCCUUGCUUUGUGGAAAGAAUCCUUCCAGGGCAGGAGGGAGAGGUGAGGCAGAGCGUGGAGGGUGGUCCGCCUCCGCUCCAAGCUGAAAGGAGUUUAUGCACUGAAACGACCUCAGGAAAACCCAAAAUGGCCGCCAAAAGGAAAGGUGGCCUAAAACUCAAUGCUAUCUGUGCCAAGCUGAGCCGCCAGGUGGUUUUUGACAACAGCUCCCAAAACGCAGAAGGAGACCAGAGUGUGGCUGAAACCAGCGAGCGUGGUAGUUCGCACUACGAUGACAACGAGAUCAACUUCCCCGAGAGCCUGAGCCUGAGUCAGAGCCUGGAGGAGGACCACAAAAGGCGGGAGGCCAUUGAGAAGUGGGUGAAUGGUGAGUACGGUGACGAGCCAUUCCCGCUGGAAUGCGGCGACGAGCAGGAGGCCGAACUUAAAGACGCCAAAGAUGAAGACAGCCCUCCCGUGGGGGUGUACAUGGUACAACCCAAAGGCUGCAGCGACGAGGAGGACAACGGUGAGGAGGCGGAGCCCUUACCUUGCUCUCAGGAUGGCAACUACCAUGACGACAAAGAUGUUGACGACGGGCCUUCGAAACCUGACGCCUACGUGCCACCGAGCGAGGCCCAGACUCGUCAAGCACCUUUCUCCUCUCCAGGAGAAGCAUCUGCCCUCCGAGACUAUGCGGCCACCACGAUGAAUGAGUUUUUGGGAAUGUUUGGCUAUGAUGACCAUCAGAUGCGGGAUGAGCUGACCAAGAAAAUCAGCUUUGAAAAGCUCAAAGCCGCUACCUCAGACCCCUCAUCCCUCAGCAGCGAUGAGGCGUCUCGCCGAGCCCGCUUCUCCAAGUACGAAGAGUACAUCCGUAAGCUCAAAACUGGUGAGACCCUACCUUGGCCCAUGCAUGCUUCCCCACCCAAACCAGAUGACCUCAACUCAAAACUGUCCCAAGACAAAAGUCCAACCAUGCUCCAAACCUCCGGGUGCCUCCCGGGGGCCGAGGCCCAGAUUUAUCCCACUAGCUUGGAUCACAAGCAGCAAGGAGCCCCAGCAGGCGACGCACAACCAUCCAAUCCCUCUCACAUGCAGAACAUGGCUUCCCGGGCCUCCAAAUAUGACUUCUUCAUUCAGAAACUGAAAAUGGGUGAGAGCAUCCAGCCGAAUGGUAAUGCUUUUAAACGACCCUCCAAGUAUGAUCUGGAGAACGUCAAGUUCCUCAACCUUUUUAAGCCGGGUGAGGGCAACCCUGACAUGGGCGGCGCCAUCGCCUUUAAGACUGGGAAAGUUGGCCGCCCUUCCAAGUAUGACAUCAGAACAAUCCAGAAGCUGAUGCCGGGAAAUCCAGAAGGCUCGUUGAUGCCCAACAUCCUUGCAACCGCACCAGGGAAUCCUGGAGCUCCCGCUGUCCCCACCAUGGGUGCCACUGGGGCCAGCAUUGCACCAGGUCUCACCGUGGACCAGACGGGCCAUAUAAGCUUCACCGCUGACUACCUGAAGUCCAGCUUUUCCAAGACUGACUCCAUCACCACUGGCACUGUGUCCUCCGUUAAGAAUGGCCUGCCACCAGAUAAACCUGCCAGCGACGAUGUCAACCUCUACCAGAAAUACAUUGCCAGGUUUUCUGGAAGUCAGCACUGUGGACACGUGCACUGUGCCUACCAGUACAGGGAGCACUACCACUGCAUGGACCCUGAGUGUAACUACCAGGUGAGCAGGUUUACCAGUAAGCAGGAUGUAAUCAGGCACUACAACAUGCACAAGAAGAGAGACAACUCCCUGCAGCACGGUUUCAUGCGCUUCAGUCCUCUGGAUGACUGCAGUGUGUACUACCAUGGAUGCCACCUCAAUGGCAAAAGUACACAUUACCACUGCAUGCAGGUGGGCUGUAGCAAGGUGUACACCAGCACAUCCGAUGUUAUGACCCACGAAAACUUCCACAAAAAGAACGCCCAACUGAUUAAUGACGGCUUCCAGAGGUUCCGUGCGACCGAGGACUGCGGCACAGUCGGGUGCCAGUUUUAUGGCCAGAAAACGACACACUUCCACUGCAGGCGCCCCGGAUGCACAUUCACUUUCAAGAACAAGUGUGACAUUGAGAAGCACAAGAGCUACCAUAUCAAGGAUGACGCCUAUGCCAAAGAUGGCUUCAAGAAGUUCUACAAGUAUGAGGAGUGCAAGUAUGAGGGCUGCGUGUACAGCAAAGCGACAAACCACUUCCACUGCAUCCGCUCGGGCUGCGGCUUCACCUUCACCUCUACCAGCCAGAUGACCUCCCAUAAGCGCAAGCACGAGCGCCGACAUAUCCGCUCCUCUGGCGUGAUGGGCCUCUCUUCCACCUUCCUGGCACCAAAGGAUGAACCGGAGGAAUCCAGCAAUGAUGACCUCAUGGACUUCUCGGCCAUCAGCAGCAAGAACUCCAGCCUGAGUGCCUCGCCUACCACCCAGCAGUCCACCACUGUAUCCCACCUGAUGGCGACCCCCACUACUGCUGUCUCCUCUUCCACGUCGGCAGGCCUUACCCUCAAGCCCUCGCUGCCCGCUGUGGGUCAGCGCAUGUCUAGCCUGCUGUCCCAGGCCCUGCCCAGCAACAUGCCGGUGGCCCUUGCUCUGUCCAACAGCACCAUGGCCGCCUCGAGCCCUUUCUUCCCCCUGAUACCAAGGCUGCCUCUCCAGCCUCCUCCACAGGCAGCUGGCCUGGUAUCGGCCGUCUCAUCUGGGGCCCACUCCAUGCCCACCGACUCCACGGCGGGGGCAGACGGAGCCAUGGCGUCUACCCCGACCUCCUUUGCCACUUCCUCCAUUAUGGAAAAGAUCUCAGCCAGUAAAGGUCUGAUAUCACCCAUGAUGGCCAGGCUGGCUGCAGCUGCUCUCAAGCCUUCCAAUGGGCCAGACGCAGGGAGCGGGCAGCCGGCCUCCGUCAACCAGUUUAAUCUGGUUCAAGUGAAGCAGGAACCACUGGACACCACGUCAGGGACCUCCCAGGACUCCACACAGGAGCAGAGUUUGGACCUGAGCAAGAAAGACAGCAGUAAUGAAUCAAAUGGACACGCUAUACCAGGGAAUGCAUCUCUUUUAUCCUCGCUUAUGAAUAAGAUGUCACAGGUAAACCCCGCCCUCUUCAACGCCAUGCACCUGAAGACGGAGCUGGAUGCCGGCCAGGGUGGGGAUACCUCCGAGGCAGCCCAGUACCUCAACCGAGUUCUGAAGAGACCCCUGGUAGACAAACCCAGUGAGAUCUGGAGGACUUACCUCCGCAGAUUUGACACAGAUGACUUCUGUGAGGCGCAGUGUGACUUCCUGCAGAAAGUUCACUUUCACUGUCUGGUAGAAGACUGUGGCGCUCUCUUCAGUACAGUGGAUGGAGCCGUAAAGCAUGCCAAUUUUCACCUCAGAGCUACUCUGAAAGUCAAGUCUGAGCCUCCGUUCAGUGAGGGCAAGGUGUCUGGCGAGGGAGGUCCUCUGCGGCCCGCUGCACCCGUCUCCAUGACCAACAACCCCUCCGUGGAUGUGGCUCACCUCCCCCCCUCCGGUGGCUACAGCUCCCCUCCUCCUUCCCUUCUGGCCUGGAAGCAGCUGACCGGCAGCAUCCCCCAGAUGCCAGCCUCCAUGCCCAACCUGCCCGCCAACUCCCCUUUGGCCACCACCUCGCUGGAGAAUGCUAAGCCUCAAGUCAAGCCUGGUUUUCUGCAAUUCCAGGAAAAUGAUCCCUGUCUGGCAACAGACUGUAAAUACUCCAACAAGUUCCACUUCCACUGCUUGUUUGGAAACUGCAAGUACGUGUGCAAGACAUCUGGCAAGGCCGAGUCCCACUGCUUGGACCACAUCAACCCCAACAACAACUUGGUCAACGUCCGUGACCAGUUCUCUUAUUACUCCCUGCAGUGUCUGUGUCCCAACCAGCAUUGUGAGUUCCGAAUGCGAGGCCACUAUCAUUGUCUGCGGCCCGGUUGCUUCUUUGUGACCAACAUCACCACCAAGCUGCCAUGGCACGUCAAGAAGCACGAGAAGGCUGAGCGCCGCGCCGCCAACGGCUUCAAAUACUUCACCAAGAGGGAGGAGUGUGGACGGCUGGGUUGUAAAUAUAACCAAGUCAACAGCCACUUUCACUGCAUCCGCGAGGGCUGCCAGUUCUCCUUCCUGCUCAAGCACCAGAUGACCUCACAUGCACGCAAACACAUGAGGCGGAUGCUCGGGAAGAAUUUUGAUCGAGUCCCGUCCCAGGUGGUGCCACUCGGCCAGAGGACAGAUAAGAUGCAUGUUUCCGGCAUGAUGUCAGGACCCUUGGCGUCCCACUCUGAUAUCACGUCCAGCUAUUCCUCCGCUACCGUAGACGACGCAGAUGAUUACGUGGAUUACAUGGGAGGCGGCGGAAGCCCUUUGGGCAUCUCCUCUGAGUCCUCUAACCAGGACCGCAGCUGCACCAGCACCCCCGUGGGAAACGAUGGCUCCCCAGCAGGACAAGGCUACCCCACCAUCACCUCUGCUCCCACCACCCCUGCUGACACCCAAACCGCACCUCCUUCCUCACCUUCUCCUGCUCCUCUCCCACCACCACAACUCCCACCGCCUCCUCCUCCUUCCGUUCCUCCGCCUGACCUCCAGGCCCCACCGACAUCCCUGUCACCCGCUCUUCUCCGACCUCCCCUGUCCUCGCUCCCAUACCUCCUUUCUCCAUCUUGUCUGUCAUACUCUCUGCUCAGCGCCUCUUUGGGAGCCACUCGGAGUGUUGUCAUGCCAACCAACACACCAGCUUUCAGCCCCAUCAUUGCCACUCCGUCUCCAGUUAAAAAUGACGUCCCUAUAGUGCAGGAUGCUGCAGGAAACACUAUCUCCAUCCCCACUGCCGCCGGAGCCAAGAAGCGCUUCUGGAUCAUUGAGGACAUGUCUCCGUUCGGGAAGCGGCGCAAGACCGCGUCCUCACGCAAGAUGCUGGACGAGGGAAUGAUGCUGGAAGGCUUCCGUCGCUACGACCUGUAUGAGAACUGCAAGGACUCGGGCUGCCAGUUCUCCCUGAAGGUGACCCACUACCACUGCACCCGUGAGAACUGCGGCUACAAGUUCUGCGGCCGCACACACAUGUACAAGCACGCCCAACACCACGACCGCGUGGACAACCUGGUCCUGGACGACUUCAAGAGGUUCAAGUCCACACUCAGCUGCAACUUCCCCGAUUGCCAGUUCUCGGGCAACAGCACCCACUUCCACUGCCUGCGCUGUGGCUUCCGCUGCACCGACAGCACCAAGGUGACGGCACACCGCAAGCAUCACGGAAAGCAGGACGUGAUCAGCGCCGCCGGCUUUUGUCAGUUCAGCUCCAGCGCCGACUGCGAGGUCACCGACUGCAAGUAUAAGCUCAAGUGUUCCCACUUUCACUGCACCUUCCCCGAAUGUAAGCACACUGUGGUGGGAAUGUCCCAGAUGGACUCCCACAAGCGCAAGCACGAGAAGCAGGAGCGAGGCGAGCUGCCGUCUGUAUCGCCCAAACAGGAGGGGGCGCACCACCUGGCCUCCUCUGCAGUCCCCCAAACUUCUAUGGGUCUCAAUACGUCUUCACCCGCCGGCCUCCACAGCCUGACCCAUAGCAUGAACAGCAGUGCCCACUCCAUGCUCUACUCCACAGGCAGCAUUGGGUCCGAGUACAACCACACGUAUCCACCCUCCAUCAGCCUGGAUGGCUCCCUCAAUCUGGGCACGGACACCAGCAGCUCCCUCUUCUUCCUCAAGAACGCUGCCGGUCUGGGUCUCAACGACUCUCUGGACCUCAGCAAGAAGCUGCAGGAGGCGGCGCGGCGCACACCCAACCACUGUGCCACUCCGCCAAUGGGGGUUCUGGCAGCUCAGGAUGACACCACCGGAACAUCCGGGGAGGCCGAGGAUGACAUGUCACCCGAGGAGGAGGUGCAGGCCGAGGAGGAAGAAGAAGAGGAGGAUGAGGAGGAGGAGGUGGAGGAUGAUCUCAACACAGACUCAAACGAUUCAAUGGCAGAGCCUGAUGGGGAGAAGGACAGCAGGGGGGAUUUUGAUGCUUCCGUUAACCACACUGACACUUCCCAAUCGGAAAAACAACAUGGCGACCCAUGAAGGCAAAACUAGGAAGGGACCGGCUGUAGGAAGAAUGAAAAUGGUCUCCUUCACGUGACAUUGAAACCACGGCAGCGAGGAGAAUACUGUACAAAAAGAAAAAAAAUCAUGAUGGCCCAAAAAUUAUUUAUGAUGAUGUUUACAAGAUGACCAACAUUAUGAAUUCAAUUAUGCAUUAAAAAAUUGGAACAGAGACACACGGAAUUAGACCCCGGUUUACACGGG